GUGGCACAAGCGAGGGGAAUUACUUUCUAAGUGUAGGAUAUUAAGUCAGAAAUGAAAAGCAGAAGAAAAAAGAUCAAAAGACGGGCUGCGGGAAAAUCAAAGGCGACAAAGCGAUCGUAUCGCCAACCGUAAAGGGCUUAAAACAAACGUAAUGUAGGUCAGUAACUUUGGAAAAAACACUUUACAGUAAAAGCAUUUUUUAUCCGUAAUAGUAGCACAUUUAGAAUCGGUUUGCGAUCUGUUAAUAUUUCUUGAUAGUCAGGAUUUAAACCAAGUUGUUCAAGAGUAAUAAACAUUGUAAUUUGAUUUUUUUUUUAUUGUCUAUUGAAGGAUUAAUAUUUCAUUUUAAAACUUUUUUAUAAUUCCUCUUCUUGUUGCACAGUUAGUUAUUGAUUAAUGAAACGCUUUGUGAUGUGUUUCCGUGACACCUGUGGUCCUCCAUACUCUGGAUCUGCGCCAUUCAUGAUUUGGGCUGUGAUGUAAGUACUGUGUUAUAAUACAAUACAUGCAAUUAAAAAAUUAACCGUUAAUUAUUUGCGAAAAUUACUCCACCAUCGCUAUGUAGGCCUACUGUUAACUGCACAGAGCCAUUGGGACGAAAAUCUUCAUGAUACUAAAUACAUAAUUGUAAAACGUGAAAUCUCUUUAGUGGGCCUAGUGGUUGCAAAACAUCUGUUAUGUUAAGCCUAUAUGAACAAAUGAUGUGAUUUAUGUAGAAGUACAGUAUUAAUUAUUAUGAACCAGAGAAAUAGAAAACACUCCUGACAACUGAGCCUGCAACUGGAAGAAAUUAUAGUCUUUUAAAUCAGCUUCAAUUGGUUACUUAACUGGUUUCAACUGAGUUAACAUCGUCAAGGACUUAAUUUCCCACCAUUUCAUUGACAAGUUCUACUACUGGCCACCUGUCACUUCAUGCCAUGCAGACGAAUUACUGCGGUGGAACAAGGUCUUGAAUAAAUAUAGUUUAUAGCCAAAGAUACAUCAUUCUAUAGUGUUCUACAUACAUAUUCUUUAGUGUUCUCUGACUACAAAAUCGCUUCUUUAUGGUAGCGCUAGUGGUUCCGCAUCCCUGCUGAGCAAGUAUGAUUCCCGAGAAGAGGCUGGUGAAGCGGCCAGUAAACAGCAGUGCGACGUCAGAGCAGCUGUGGGCGGGGGUGGUACCUGUACCUGUAGCCGCAGGUAACGCGUAGGGCUGCGGGUAAGUCGACGGCCGUAUCGGGGAGAAGGGGCUCUCUUCGUGCCCACUUGGCCUCCGCUUGGAAGGAGAGCUGAAGCCCUGGCGGGACGCGGGCGAAGGUGAAGCAGGAACGCUGCCUGAAAGAGACCGCAGAAAGGCGGCCGAAGGAGUAAUAGCAGUGGGAAUAGGACCUUAACUUCCGGCAGGGAAAGGGAGAGAAAUCCGCCACGACCUGAAGUCCUACGUCCUGUGCGGUCAGUUCGACCCAGGACUCGCUAAGUCAUGCCUGGAUCCAGCAGAGGAGGUCCCCAGGAACUCCACCCACUCAAACUACCCCAUGGCUGUGAUGAGGCAGGCCAGCGGCAGGGGACACAAAACAAUAGUCCCAAGCAGUAUUGGGACCGCAGAUUGGGUCAGAACCAAUUCCAAGAGCGCAGUGUGGAUCCGGGGGAUCAUGAGACUGGAGCGUUUUUAGCUGUGAAGUCCCUCCCCAGGAAUGCUAAUGGUCACAGCCCUGAAAGCAUUGACUUCAUUCCGGGCUCCGUGGAGUCACUGCCGGGCUGGGAGGUGUGCCUGCCUUGCGCUGGACCAGGCCGGCCAAGGUGUUGGACUGUGUUGUGCUGCUUGUUGACCUGUGGCCUGUCCAGAGUUUGUGGGCGCUGUGCCCGUGCACCGUGCCUGCCACCCGAGGGCAGUGCCAUCGAGCCCAAGAAGGGCCAUCUGGAAUCGGGUCUGCCGGUCCUGCAGGAGCCCAAGGCAGUGAUAAACAGCAGCUUCCGUUAUCCUGACGUCCGUCUGGGUGGAAAGAAGGUGGAGAUCCAGCCGCGUGGCUCCAGCCCCCCACAGAGGCAGUCCUCAAACCCGGCACGGGGUGAGCAUCCUUCUCUAAGCCGGCUCAGCGCCUACUCACUGGACAGUCCCUCUGACGGUGGGAGUGAUGACGGCAUGGACAUUGACUCACUAAUUUCCAAGAAGCUGUUGGAGCUGUACACUCAGCACCAGAUCGAGCAGCUGGCACACUGCACUUCCGACUCGGUCUUCCUCAGUCGCACCAGCCAGAUCAGCCAGCUCAUCAGCGACAUCCAGCAGGAGCACGACCUGGAGGAGCAGGAUGCUGAGUGCCGGAUUGUCCAUGGCAUCAUCCGGCUAAGCACGCGGAAGGGGCCCAAGAACAGCCAUCGGGGGGGGAGGCAAAGUGAGACCUUGCCUGACAGCGGCAAUGAUACCAUGGUGGAGACCAUCCACAGCUUUGACACUGAUCAUGAUGUCCGAAUUUCAGAGCAGACACCAUCAGACAGACUGGCCAGAGACAUGAGGAUGAGUGGCCGUAAAGCCCAGUCUUCCACUUCACACGCUUCCUACUCCCCCAGUCACCAUGACUCAGUGGUGACAUCUUCGGGGACCCCCCUGCUGCAGCCUUUCACAUCCAAGUGAGAUGCUGGUGUCCCCCAGGGUCCGUGUCUAUCAGUAAUGGGAGCCACAAAACCCGCCCUCUGAAUCCCAGUCCUCGGAGAAGCUCCACCCCUCUGCUCAGUAUGAACUAGUGACUUCUCUCCUCCCCACUCUGGCAUGCCCCACCUCCAGCCAAGGUCAAAGUUCAGAAACACAUCUAGGCUCAUCCCAAGAGGUGUAGCAGAUGGUCCUUAUCCUGACUGAUGAUGGACUUCUGCUCAUAACAUAGUUUAUCCCUGUAAUAGAAUUACAUGAACAUGCCAUUUGUGGACCUAUUUAUGGAAGGAAUUAAAUAUUUUCUUCAA